ACGACUCAACACUGCAGCCCAAUCAGAGCAGAUCACCACUCUGAACAAGUCUCCUCUAUCUGACCUGCCGGUCUUCACACGACUCAACACUGCAGCCCAAUCAGAGUAGAUCACCACUCUGAGGGGUUCCACCUCCUCCACCCUGGUUCGGUGUGAUAGUCUCUACCCAGCAACGGGAUGGAGGCCCAACCAGAGGACACUGCUUUGGUACCGGAGGUUCUUCAGAGCUCAGCAGAGACACACGGAGAGGAACUGGAACUGAACAACGGUACCAGCACCAAGCACCUGGAGGACGGAUGCACAGCUGAGACAGAACCUCAGGGACUGACCUCCGUGACCUCAGACAGCCGUUUACCGGGAGAGUUAACGGGAGGAGCAGAGGAGAUGGAGGUUACAGAGAAUCUCAGCUCUGUCUCGAGCUCCGAGCUGGGAGAUGGAACCACACACCUUCCCCAGGACCUCUCCCAGGACCCCCCCCAGGACCUCUCCCGGGACCUCUCUCAGGGUCUCUCCCAGGACCUCUCCCAGGACCCCUCUCAGGACCCCCCCCAGGUACUGCUGACGUUACAGGACGGUGUGUGUGUCAGGGACCAGCGGGACAGCAGCAGCUCCUCCUCAGACAGUGAUUCAGACUCCUCUUCCUCCGGUGUGACGCUGGCUGUUGUGUUAGGUCAGGCAGAUGAAGAUGAUGAUGACGACGAAGGCUUCAGUCGGGCAAGGAAACCCUGUUCCAUCAAAACCCUGGAUGAGAUCCUGCCUGAGGAGUUGCCUGCUGUCGAGGAGUUGACGGUUGUUCUACCAGAGGAGGCGGAGAUACUGCCCCUAGGAUCAGUCACCAGUAUCAUCCAACAGCUGGUGAUCAUUCAGUCAUUGAAGGACACGCCCCCUCUGAAGGACGACAGCGUCAUCUUCAACUCUGAUAGGCUGGCCGUGGGCAAGGUAUUUGAGGUGUUUGGGCCGGUCUCCAGUCCCUUCUAUGUGUUGAGGUUUAACUCAGAGAGUGACAUCGCAGAGAGAGGAGUGAAGCUGAAGGACUCCAUGUUCUACGCCCCGUCUCUCACCGACUACACCCUCUAUAUCCUCACUGAGCAGCUACGACGGUUGAAAGGCUCCGACGCCUCCUGGAAGAACGACCAGGAACCACCACCAGAGGCGUUAGACUUCAGUGAUGAUGAGGCAGAACAGAAGAUGAAAAGGAAGAAGAAGAAGGGGAAUGUUCAGAAGAGUGAGAGAGAAAGAGGACAGAGAGCUGACCAACAACCAGAUAGAGAUUCCGUCACCAGACCACAGAUGUCCCAGAGGCCUUUGCAACAGAGUCGUCCACCCCGUCGUGACAACUGGGGUCCCCCACCCCGAUACGAAGGGGCUCCGUACUACACACACCAGCCCCACUACCCCUACCCUCCCCCCUACCAGCCCCAGUCCUUCCCCCUCUAUCCUCCCCCUCCUCCCCCCCACAUGUCCUUCCCCUGGUCCCCUCCCCCCUCUCACCCCUACCACAACCUCCCCUUCUCUCACCUCCCCCCUCCUCCCCCACCGCCCACUGGCCCCUAUCCUCCUCAGUGAGGACACACACAACUAGUGACUGUACACCUCACCUCCUUGACACUCAUCAGCGUUGUUUGACCAAAUCAACACAUUCAAGUAUAUUUUUACUGUCUGCAUUUCAUGUCUGUUUUAAUAGUUUCUGUUCUUAAAUCCCCGGUAGUAGAGACUAUUGUAGUGAUGAUGAUAACAGCUCUCUACAGUUUAAUUAACAAAUAUGAUCCUGUUCUGAUACCCUCCUCUCUGUAUCUGAGAGCUGUUGGCUAUAUGACCCUGUUCUGGUCUAUAACCUCAUGUACCCUCCUCUCAGAGCUGUUGGCUAUAUGACCCUGUUUUGGUCCAUAACCUCAUCAUGUACCCUCCUCUCU